UGGGAAGAGAUUAGUGGUGUUGAUGAGCAUUAUACUCCAAUCAGAACUUACCAAGUGUGCAAUGUUAUGGAUCACAGUCAAAACAAUUGGCUGCGAACAAACUGGAUUCCACGCAAUUCAGCUCAGAAGAUCUAUGUGGAGCUCAAGUUUACCCUGAGGGACUGUAAUAGCAUCCCUCUAGUUCUCGGCACUUGCAAAGAGACCUUCAAUCUGUAUUAUAUGGAGUCAGAUGACGACCAUUUGGUAAAGUUCAGAGAGCAUCAGUUUACAAAGAUUGACACCAUAGCGGCUGAUGAGAGCUUCACCCAAAUGGAUCUUGGGGACCGAAUCCUCAAGCUGAAUACAGAAGUCCGCGAGGGGGGGCCUAUCAGCCGGCAAGGCUUUUACUUGGCUUUCCAAGAUGUAGGUGCGUGCGUUGCCUUAGUCUCGGUGCGAGUGUACUUCAAAAAGUGCCCUUUCACUGUCAAGAACCUCGCCAUGUUUCCAGAUACGGUACCCAUGGACUCCCAGUCACUGGUGGAGGUGCGGGGUUCUUGUGUCAAUCACUCCAAGGAGGAAGAGCCACCCAAGAUGUAUUGCAGUACAGAAGGAGAAUGGCUAGUGCCCAUAGGGAAGUGCUUGUGUAAUGCUGGCUACGAAGAAAGAGGCUUUGCGUGCCAAGCUUGUCGACCCGGUUUCUACAAAGCCUCUGCCGGCAAUGUGAAGUGUGCAAAAUGCCCACCUCACAGCUCUACCUAUGAAGACGCAUCUCUGAACUGCAGGUGUGAAAAGAAUUACUUUCGCUCUGAGAAAGACCCUCCAUCCAUGGCUUGCACCAGGCCACCAUCUGCUCCGAGGAACGUUAUCUCUAACAUCAACGAGACAUCUGUUAUCCUGGACUGGAGCUGGCCUCUUGACACUGGGGGUCGGAAAGAUGUCACUUUCAACAUCAUUUGCAAAAAAUGUGGAGGAAACAUUAAGAUGUGUGAGCCGUGUAGCGACAACGUGCGAUUCUUACCCCGUCAGACUGGACUCACUAACACCACGGUGACAGUAGUGGACCUUUUGGCACAUACUAAUUACACGUUUGAGAUUGAUGCAGUCAACGGGGUAUCUGACUUAAGUACACUUUCCAGACAAUUUGCUGCUGUCAGCAUCACAACUAAUCAGGCUGCUCCAUCCCCCAUCACAGUCAUAAGGAAAGACAGGACAUCCAGGAACAGCGUGUCUCUGUCUUGGCAAGAACCUGAACAUCCAAAUGGGAUCAUCUUGGACUAUGAGGUCAAAUACUAUGAAAAGCAGGAACAAGAGACAAGCUAUACUAUUCUGAGAGCCAAAGGCACCAAUGUUACCAUCAGCGGCCUCAAACCUGAUACCACCUAUGUCUUCCAAAUUCGAGCCCGAACUGCAGCUGGAUAUGGGACAAACAGCCGCAAGUUUGAAUUCGAAACCAGCCCAGAUUCAUUCUCCAUUUCCAGUGAGAAUAGCCAGGUGGUAAUGAUUGCCAUUUCAGCAGCGGUUGCAAUUAUUCUCCUCACAGUUGUGGUGUACAUCUUGAUUGGGAGGUUCUGUGGAUACAAGAAGUCUAAGCAUGGCACUGAUGAGAAAAGACUACAUUUUGGGAAUGGCCACUUAAAACUUCCAGGCCUGAGAACUUACGUAGAUCCACAUACGUAUGAGGAUCCCAAUCAAGCUGUGCAUGAAUUUGCCAAGGAAUUAGAUGCCUCUAAUAUAUCCAUCGAUAAAGUAGUUGGAGCAGGAGAAUUUGGAGAAGUGUGCAGUGGACGCCUAAAGCUGCCUUCUAAAAAGGAAAUUUCAGUGGCUAUCAAAACCCUGAAAGUUGGCUACACAGAAAAACAGAGGAGGGACUUCCUGGGAGAAGCAAGCAUCAUGGGACAGUUUGACCACCCUAAUAUCAUUCGAUUAGAGGGAGUCGUCACUAAAAGUAAACCAGUUAUGAUUGUUACUGAAUAUAUGGAAAAUGGUUCCUUGGACAGCUUCCUACGGAAACAUGAUGCCCAGUUCACAGUCAUCCAGCUAGUAGGCAUGCUUCGAGGGAUCGCAUCUGGCAUGAAAUAUUUAUCAGAUAUGGGUUACGUCCAUCGAGAUCUAGCUGCUCGUAAUAUCCUCAUCAAUAGUAACUUGGUUUGCAAAGUCUCAGAUUUUGGUCUCUCUCGUGUGCUGGAAGAUGACCCAGAAGCUGCUUAUACCACACGGGGGGGUAAGAUUCCUAUCCGAUGGACAUCACCAGAAGCCAUUGCAUAUCGGAAGUUCACAUCAGCUAGCGAUGCGUGGAGCUAUGGGAUUGUUCUCUGGGAGGUGAUGUCUUAUGGAGAGAGACCGUACUGGGAGAUGUCCAACCAGGAUGUGAUUAAGGCUGUUGAUGAAGGGUAUCGCUUGCCACCUCCUAUGGACUGCCCAGCUGCCUUGUAUCAACUGAUGCUGGACUGCUGGCAGAAAGACAGAAACAACAGACCCAAGUUUGAGCAGAUUGUCAGCAUCCUGGAUAAACUGAUCCGUAAUCCCAGCAGUCUGAAAAUAAUCACCAACGCGGCGGCAAGGUAACGCAUUAGAUCUUACAUUGCACAUAAAUAAAUGUCUUUGAAUCUCU